AUGGACGAUUUUGAGAUGGACCCAGCUAUGGCUGAAGCGAUGGGCUUCACCAGUUUUGGCAGCAAACGCCGCAAGCACACGGCACGCGCAGACGAGGCCGUCGUCGACGACAGCGGCAACCAUAUUCCUGCCAGUACAGGCGCAAACGAUAUCCCUCUAGGCACGAGACCAGCAGCGAGCGAUGUAACGGAAAGAGCACAAGAGCAAGAGAUAUCAAAGGAGAUACCUAUGUCAACAGCCAGGACAGAAGUCGCAAGACCAGAGCACAGACGAGCUAUGGAAACACUGGAAGCAAUUGAAGAGGUGCAAGCAGACGACUGGACUCCUGGCUUUCCGUCGUCUCAAGAACUUGCAGCACUCAGACGAGGCAUCAAGAACGCGAGGGGUGACAUGGUUGUCUUCAUGCCGUCCUUCAUUGAGGAUCCUUGGAAAGGACUCGCUUGA